UCGCUACUUAUAGAUGAACAAAUCAUUGUAUAUUCUCCGCUUCCAUCUACGAGUUUGAAAUCGAGCUCCGUUCAAUGGCAACAUGUUGUCCAAGUUGCUCCAAGUUCACACCAAGUUCUUUUCUUCCACACUCUUCUCUCUUACCUUCUCUCUUCAGUGUUCCUUCUAGUUCUGUGAGGCCUGUUAGUCUCCGUUGUUUCUAUAAUCGUCAAAGACUUUGGCUUCGAUCAAGCCGUCGUUGUGGUCCUCUACGAGCUACGUCGUGCAGUAAUAUUGAGUCUGGAGAACUGCCAGAAGCUCAGAAUGCUCUUUCAAAACUUCUUCAAGAAUUUGGGAUUUCUGAGGAGGAAUCUAAUUCUAUUGCGUCUAAUUCACCAAAGUAUUUGAGUAUGUUGGUUGAUGAAGUUUGGGAAAGGGACGAACUUUCAAUGUGGGAGAAGCAAAUUGAUGGGUUCCAGGAUAAAGUGGUUCACAUUGCCAGGGAGAAAGGUGAUAAUGGCAAAGUUGCAUACUUGGAGAGUCUCGGUUUGAGCCUCUCUUCAGCUAUGAAUGUGGCCAGAUAUCUUUCUGCAGAAACACUUACAACACUCAUUCUUAAGGUCAAGUGUAUGAAGGAACUGUUCUUUUCUGGCAGUGAAAGUUAUGAAUUCCCGACCAGAAGAGUUCGCAAUAUGAUGAUGCAGAUAUCAAUUCCUAUUGAUGAAGAUCUGCAGCAGACUUUGUCCUUUUUUGAGAAGGUUGAAGCAAGGCGAGGAGGUUUAAAUAUGUUGAAUUCCAGCGAUGCUGCUUUUGAUUUUUUAAUUGAAUCAUUUCCCCGUCUACUUUUGUUAUCUGUAAAAUUUCACAUGAAACCAUUAGCGGCGUUUCUUGAGAGUGUUGGAAUCCAAAGAGGUCUCAUCAGAAAUAUACUGUUGACUUUUCCUCCCUCUUUGCUAUGGAACAUUGAAGUAUUUAAAACUCGAGUACUAGCCUUGAAAGAGAUUGGGCGUGUAAAUGACAAUUAUGCUAAGUUGCUGUUAAAAUAUCCAUGGAUACUGUCUAAAAGCAUUCAAGACAAUUAUCAAGAGGUUGUCUCUUUGUUUGAUUCAGAGAAGGUUCCGAAGGCAUUCGUGGAUCGUGCAAUCAAAAGCUGGCCCCAUAUAUUGGGCUGUUCACCGAGCAAGCUAAAACUGAUGGUUGAUCGGUUUCGUGAACUAGGAGUUCAACACAAGAAGUUGGGUAAAGUCAUUGCUAAAAGUCCUCAGCUACUGCUACAGAAGCCGCAAGACUUUGUCAAGGUUGUUCUGUUCUUUGAAAAUAUGGGGUUUGAUAGACAAACAAUCGGGACAAUAUUGGCUCGCUGUCCUGAAAUCUUUGCUGCCUGCCCUAUCAAAACUCUCAAGAGAAAGGUUGAGUUCCUACAUGGUAUUGGUGUUUCUGAAGCUCACCUUCCACGGGUUAUAAAAAAGUAUCCAGAGCUUCUUGUGUCUGACCCCGACAGAACUAUGCUACCCAGGUUGAUGUACUUGAUGAAAUUAGGACUAUCUGAAAGAGACGUUGCAUUCAUGGUACGAUCAUUUUCUCCUCUGCUUGGAUACAGCAUUGAAGAGGUUUUGAGACCCAAAGUAGAAUUCCUGGUGAACACCAUGGAGAGGCCAGUGAGGGACGUGGUGGGGUACCCCAGGUACUUUAGCUAUUCUCUAGAGAAGAAGAUAAAACCAAGAUAUUGGGUGCUUAAAGGAAGGGAUAUUGAGUGUAGUUUGAAGGAUAUGCUCUCGAAAAAUGACGAAGAAUUUGCUGCUGAAUAUAUGAAUCUUCCAUUAACUCAUUCCUGAAGAAUGGAUUUUUGUCAUGUUAGGCUGUAAAUUUCAUGCCUUAGGCUUCCAAGUAUAUAUUUAUUUUCAUAGGUUUGAAGCGAUCAAAAGUCGAGAGCAGAGUCGAGCGAAGGCCGCUCGUUUGUUUUCCCAAUUCUUUUUGCAUAGCCACAAGAAGAUGGACAUGUCAUGGUGUUGCUGUGUGGGCAUGCGCAUGCAUGUUUUUAAAAUUUUUCUAAUUUUAUAAUUAUUUGAUAUUUGGUA